AUGCCGUUCAGCGGAAUCGUAAAAGUAAAGUUAGUCGAGGCGGUCGAUCUACGACCCACCGACAUUACGGCGCGUCAUGUAGUCGCGUUAACAGGGAGCAGUAAAACUCCCUCCACGAUCGAUCCGUACGUCACCAUCAAUAUCGACGAUGAACUUGUCUGCAAAUCGACGAGUAAACCUCGCACGUUGAAGCCCGUUUGGAAUGAGGUAUUCCAAACAUCUGUUCAUGAAGCAAUCAAUUUGGGUUUCACGGUUUUUCAUACGGCGCUGUCAUCUGACGACUUCGUGGCCAACUGUCAGAUCACGUUUGAAGAACUCCUCAAAAAAGAUGAAGCUCACGAACAUGACAUCUGGAUCAAUCUCGAGCCCGGCGGCAAAAUACAUGUCGUCGUUUCUCUCGACCCAACUCUCCCAAAGGAGAAACCGCGGGAGUUCAAGGCUCGCGCGACGGGUCUCAACCGACGACGCGGUGCUAUGCGUCGUCGCGUCCAUCAAGUCAACGGGCAUAAAUUUAUGGCGACGAUUCUCCGGCAGCCAACCUUCUGCUCACAUUGCAGAGAAUUCAUAUGGGGUAUCGGGAAGCAGGGAUACCAGUGCCAGGUGUGUACGUGCGUCGUCCACAAGAGAUGUCACGAGAUGGUGGUGACGAAAUGCCCCGGGAUGAAGAGUGAGAACCAGAAAGAGGAGUUCAAUCUGGAAGGAACAGGAUUUUCAAUCAAUAUACCCCACCGCUUCUUGGUGCACAACUUCAAGAGGCCUACAUUCUGCGAUCACUGCGGAUCGAUGCUGUACGGAUUGUUUAGACAAGGCCAAAAGUGCGCGGCGUGCAACAUAAAUGUUCAUAAGAGAUGCCAGAAGAAUGUGGCGAAUAACUGCGGAAUCAACCCCAAAGAAAUGAGUGAAAUACUCCAAACGAUGGGCAUAUCUGGAGAUAAGCUGCUCACCACAAAAAAGAAAAAGUCCAUAGGCGAAAACUCGCAUGCAGAUUGUCCGCCCAGCAACCUCAGCGAUCAGACAACUGCCGAGAAGGGGAGCCCGAGCGAAUCAUCGAACCCUGAAAUGCUCGACAAGUUCAGCUCCCUUGCACUCGACAAAGAAAAGAAAUACUCUCUUAAUGAUUUCCACUUCAUCAAGGUCCUCGGAAAAGGAUCAUUCGGGAAGGUGAUGCUGGGAGAACGGAAAGGAACCGAAGAAGUUUAUGCAAUUAAAGUUCUCAAAAAAGACGUGAUCCUCCAAGACGACGAUGUGGAGUGUACGCUGACAGAAAAGAGAAUUCUGAGUCUGAGUGCGCGGCAUCCGUUCCUGACGGCCCUGUUCUGCUGUUUCCAAACAGAGGACCGGCUAUUUUUCGUCAUGGAAUACGUCAACGGUGGCGACCUCAUGUUCCAAAUUCAGAAGUCACGCAAGUUCGAAGAAUCGCGAGCGAGGUUCUAUGCGGCCGAGGUGACUCUCGCUCUAAUGUUCCUACAUGAGAAUGGAGUGAUCUAUCGGGACCUGAAACUUGACAAUAUCCUGCUAGAUGCCGACGGCCACUGCAAAAUUGCAGAUUUUGGUAUGUGCAAAGAGGGCAUCAAGGAUGGCGUCACGACAACGACGUUUUGUGGCACGCCGGACUACAUCGCCCCCGAGAUUCUCCAAGAACUGGAGUACGGAGCAUCUGUCGAUUGGUGGGCUCUAGGCGUGCUGAUGUAUGAAAUGUUAGCCGGUCAGCCGCCUUUCGAAGCCGAUAAUGAGGACGAUCUCUUCGAGUCGAUCCUCCACGAUGACGUUCUAUAUCCGGUGUGGUUGAGUAAGGAAGCCGUAUCGAUUCUGAAAGGCUUCAUGACGAAAAACCCUGCGAAAAGACUUGGUUGCGUUCAAGCCUGCGCCUCCGAGCAGGCCAUUUUGACCCACCCAUUCUUCCGAGACAUGGACUGGGACGCUUUGGAGGCUCGCAAAGUGAAGCCUCCCUUCAAACCGAAAAUCAAAACGAAACGUGAUGUCAACAACUUUGAUGCCGAUUUCACGAAAGAAGAUCCAGUACUCACUCCGAUUUCGACCGACAUCGUGAAGAAUAUCAAUCAAAUCGAAUUCAAAGGAUUUUCUUUCGUCAACGAAGAUUACAAUCCUCAACGAUUCGAGAGCGGAGUCCCAGCCUGA